AUGCAUAAAGAUGAAAGUCUACCACCUGCAAUCAAGACUUCGCCCAGGGAAUCCAUCGAUCUGACCAUUCUGCUAGAGCAUAAAACUCCCGCACCUCAGUCGAAGAGACAGAAGCUCAAUCCUUCUGAUGAAUUCAACGAUACUGUUGUCUCCAAGUCGCAGAGGCCAGCAAUCCCCAAGACAACUCUUUUUGGAUCCAAUCAGCUACCGCCAAAAGCAGCUACGGCCGAAGCUACCCCUUUCAUGAGGUCCAAUGACGAUGGUUCUCGUGCUCGAGAACCACACCAGGCUCCUUCGCAUACGUCCGUACACAAAUCUUCAACCCUUAAUAACGAGUACAUUAUGACUCAUGUCGAUGUCCAGUUCGUUUCUCCCAACGGCUCGGUUGCUCGAACCAAACCUCUUAAGGCUUGCGACAGCCUCACAAGACUACUUAGUCAUGGGAAACUCGCUUUCGGUCGGUUGAGCACAUCAGACAUGAUCCUAAUCAUUCGUAUUCCUGGACUUGAGAAUUCUUUUACAAUUGUCGACGGUGAGACCGACGAGUUUAAUGACUUCAUGCAGCUGCUGAGUGAUGUGGCAUGGUGUAAUUUGGCUCCAGAGAAUAGAGAGACCUUGAGGAUUGAGGUUUCAGAAAUGAACAACGAGCCAUGA